AUGUCCAUCCAAACGCUCGACGUCCACGGCAAGAAGAUCAGCCUGCCAACUGGUCUCUUCAUCAAUGGCGAUUUCCGCGCAGCCCAGGCCGGCAAGACAUUUCCGGUCGAGAACCCGGCUACCGGCAAGGAAAUCAUCCAGGUCGCAGAGGGAAUGCCGGAGGAUGUCGACGAAGCUGUCAAGGUCGCCCGAUCCGUCUUCAAAUCCAAGGAGUACUCUGACUUUGGCGUCAUAAAUCGUGCCAAGGUCAUGCACAAGCUCGCCGACUUGAUGGAGGAGCAUUUCGAUGAGCUGGUCACAUUGGAGAUGCUGGAUACGGGCAAGACGAGGCAUCAGGCUAGCAACCUCGAUGUGCCUGCUAGCAUCGGGACUAUCAGGUACUUUGCUGGAUGGUGUGACAAGGUCCUCGGACAAUCGAAUUUCAGCAUCCCCAAUGUCUUUGGAUACACACGACGAGAGCCCGUGGGAGUCUGUGGACAGAUCAUCGUGAGGGUCAUCCUGCCGACGUCGACCUGACAACGCUAAUGAUGCUUCACAGCCAUGGAACUUUCCUCUUCUCAUGUUCACCUGGAAGAUUGCUCCCGCCUUUGCUACCGGCAACGCCGUCGUGAUCAAGGCUGCCGAGACCACCCCACUCAACGCUCUGAAGAUGUGCGAACUCAUUAGCAAGGCUGGCUUCCCUGCGGGAUCUAUCAACCUCGUCAACGGCUACGGCAAGACGGUAGGAGCAGCGAUUGCUCAACAUAUGGAUGUCGACAAGGUGGCAUUCACCGGAUCCACAGUCACAGGGCGAGCCAUCCUCAUCGCGGCCGCCAAGUCCAACCUGAAGAAAGUCACACUCGAGCUUGGAGGCAAGAGUCCAAACAUCAUCUUCCCUGAUGCCGAUCUUGAGAAGGCAGUCGACUGGAGUGUCUGGGGCAUUCACAUGAACUUUGGUCAGACUUGCCAUGCGGGAACCCGUAUCUACGUGCACGAGGAUGUCUAUGACAAGUUCCUGGAGGCAUACACGGCGAAGAUGAAGGCCAUCACGGUUGGCGACAAUUUCGACGAUAAGAACUCUCAAGGCCCGCAAAACAGCCAGGUGCAGUUCGACAAGAUCUCGAGUUAUCUGAAGCUCGGGAAGGAUGAGGGAGCAACUGUCCACCUCGGUGGUAACGCGAAGCAAACAGACGGCGGCUACUACAUUGAGGUAUGUACAUGGUAUCGCUUGGUCCCAUGAUAUCACUAACCCAGCGUCUCCACAGCCUACAAUCUUCACCGACGUACAACCCGACAUGAAGAUCGUCAAGGAGGAAAUCUUCGGCCCUGUUGUCGUUGUCGCCAAGUUCAAGUCGGAAGAAGAAGUCAUCGAGAUGGCGAACGACACUACAUAUGGUCUGGCCGCGGGAAUUCACACCAAGGACUACGAGCGAGCGGUCAGAGUCACCGCCGCUCUCAAGGCAGGCACAACAUGGGUCAACAUGUUCAACUUUGGUGAGAUAUUCAGCGCCGCCGCCCGCUGUGGUACUCUAUUGCUGACGACUAGACAGUCCACUGGUCAAUGCCCUUCGGCGGCUACAAGGAAUCCGGAAUCGGAAGAGAAUGCGGCGAUGCGGCACUGGAGAACUACACCGAGACCAAGACGGUGUAUAUGAACAUGGGUAUGCCGCCGCCAACCGACGGAAGCAAGUAA